UCUUAAAUCACAACAAGGAUCUUGCCUGUCCUAUCUGAAACUUCUGGAUCCUUGAGGAACACUCAGACAGGCACAGCAACAGGUUUCAGUGGAGCCGCAUGUGUGACUGGCACACACAUCUAUCUCCCAGCUGCUCCGCUCUUGACUGGCAGAUGCUUUUGGUUUCUAAAAAUACACCCAGGAGAGCUUACCUAGUUCAAAAUAGAGGGGGGAGGCAGAAACAAAGUGUAACUUAAAAAAAAAAAAAACUUGGGUUAUUUCCAGUGGCUGCUGGAUUUGUCUGAAGCAGAUUUAUUUUCAGAUAAAAAGCCACUUUUAAAGACAGCCCCCCGCACCCCCACCCCAUUGAUCUACAAAAACUAUUCAUCUCACAAAGUUGUGGACACUCCUUUGAGAGGUGGUAUGGCCCAAUGGGUGGCAAAUCCAUAUAUAGAGUUUGGGCUGGAGGAAUGUUAAGGUGUUGAAGUGUCUCUGACUACCCCAGGGAUAGCUCCCAAGGUUAGAGUGUGUGACUCCCAAGGCUUUCCUUUCUAUUCCUCUUAUUCUCCCUGCAAUGGCUCUGGAAAAUAUGGAGAACGUUGAGGUGUUCAACUCCGAAGGCAAGGGCCGGGGGCUUCGAGCCACCAAGGAGCUGUGGGCUGGGGACGUCCUGUUUGCAGAGCCGUCCUACUCCGCGGUGGUCUUCGACAGCCUGACGCAGGGGGUGUGUCACAACUGUUUUAAGAAACAGCUGAAACUCCAGCGAUGUGGGCAGUGCAAGUUUGCCCACUACUGUGACCGUACCUGCCAGAAAGAGGGAUGGGCAGAGCACAAGAGCGAGUGCAGUGCCAUCAAGAAGAAUGGCAGCGUACCAAACGAGAACAUCAGGCUGGCGGCUCGUAUCCUGUGGCGGAUCGAGAAGGAAGGCAGUGCCCUGUCCGAGGGCCGGCUCACCUCCCUCGAUGACCUGGAGAACCACUUGGACGACCUCGGGGAGGACGACAUGAAGGAGCUGAAGGUGGACGUCCAUAACUUCCUGGACUUCUGGCCGAGCAACAGCCGCAUGUUUGGUGUGCAGUACAUCUCCCACAUCUUCGGAUUGAUCAACUGCAAUGGAUUCACUCUGAGUGAUCAGCGAGGGCUCCAGGCAGUGGGCGUGGGAAUCUUCCCCAACCUGUGCCUGGUAAAUCACAACUGCUGGCCCAACUGCACCGUCAUCCUCAACAACGGCAAUCACGAGGCAGUAAAGUCAAUGUUUCACACCCAGAUGAGGAUCGAGCUGCGCGCCAUCGGGAAGAUCUCCCCGGGAGAGGAGCUCACUGUGUCCUACGUGGAUUUCCUCUGCCUGAGUCAGGACCGCAGGAAGCAGCUGAAGCUGCAGUACCACUUCGACUGCACCUGUGAGCACUGCACCAAGGGGAUCAAGGACGACCUCAUGGAAGCUGUCAAAGAGGAGGAAGGAAACAAGCCCUCGGCGGAGGUGGUGAAGGAGGUGAUAACGUUCAGCACUGACACCUUGCAAAAGAUUGAGAAAUCACGAUCAGAGGGCAACUACCACGAGGUGGUGAAGUACUGUCGGGAGUGUCUGAAGAGACAGGAGCCGGUCCUGGCUGAGACCAACAUCCACAUGCUGCGGGUCCUGAGCAUCGCCUCUGAGGUGCUAUCCUACCUGCAGUCCUUCCACGAGGCUUCUGACUACUCAAACAAGAUGGUGCAGGGAUACCUGAAGCUGUACCACCCGAACAAUGCACAGCUGGGCAUGGCUACUAUGAGGGCGGGCGUGACGCACUGGCACGCAGGGCUGAUCGAGGUCGCGCACGGCAUGAUCUGCAAGGCCUAUGCCAUCCUAAUGGUCACACAUGGGCCCACACACCCCAUCACCAAGGACCUGGAGGCAAUCCGCAUGCAGACGGAGAUGGAGCUUCGAAUGUUCCAGCAGAACGAGUAUGUGUACUACAGCAUGCGCGAGGCAGCGCUCAAGAACCAGCCCAUGAAGAUGAUGGCUGAGCCAGGACAGGAGGCCAUCAAGAACCUCUUCCAUAAGAAGUAACCCCCCCCCCCGCCUCUCCUCCACGGACACUGGCUGAGUCAGCAAACAUGCUAGCACCAUGCUGUCUAUUACCACACGGGGCUCACGCUGUUGUUAUCAGAUCUGUCUAGAGACAGCGCUGGAAUAAUCAGGGAUUCAAAGUACAGGCAGGAUAUCAAUCUAAAAAUAAAAAUAAGAAAUACUUUGUUUUUUGUUAAGUUGCUGUUAGAGAUCAUUGCUAUUUUUUUGUGCAUUUCUUAUUUAUUUCAUAUUCAUCCAUAUAGCCCUCUAUGUAAUUGCUUAGUCACAAGCACAGACUGUGUAUGGUGUGAUGCAAACAUUUCCCACUGAAAAAGGAAUGCUUAUAAUGGAAAAUGAAAAUAGGAAAUAGAAAAGGAUGAAAGUUUAAUAAAUGUGCAAAAUGAUGUCAAGUCUGCAGGGAGCAGUCAAGCCCAUUUAAAUGCAAAGUGACAGCAGUAAGAAUCCGUUCUCAUGGGGAUGAGUAAAAAGGCACGCAGGUCAAGCCUGUGCACAGUAAAGUCCCAGUAGCUGCUGGUUCAAUGCCGGCCGUUCUCUGCUAUAAUAAUGCUGCUCUUUUUAAUGCUGAGCCAGCUGGCUGCCUCCUGUGCCAAGUCGUGCUGCCCAAUCAUUAAGCACAGUAUUGCUGUUUCCACUGGAGAUCACAGGCCUGACUGAGAGCCAAACAGAAGAGUCUUUCUGAAGCGUGGUGUCUCUCUACACAGUGUAUAUUAACCUGCAAAAAUUCACCUGCAAGUUUCACUCCAAGGAGGCUAGCACAACAAGAAGUCACUGUGUAAUCCCCACCUUCAGGUGAAACAGCUUUUAAUGCUUUUAAUGCUGGUAACCCAUCUGAGGAGAAAAAUAUUGCAGCGCAUUUCAAAUCACUAAAAACAAUGUCAUGCCAUUGCCUGUUAUGCUUGAACACAUAAAUGAAUUGCACCUUCAGGCACCAUAAGCAACUUCCUCGGUUAUUUGUUUAUGUAGAUUUGGAAAGUCUGUUAUUGAUUUGACUUUUGUGAUAUGGGGCUCUACAGUAUGUGAAUGUGUUUGUUCUGUGAUUAAUCCCUGCAUAUAAAAACACAAAUAGGAAUAAAGAUGUUUGACAUUAAGCACA